CCGUUCGUUUUUUUGAGUCCCCCUCUCAAAAACAGAGCCCAAGCGUGCCACGAGCCUUCUUGUCCUGGCUCACCUCUAGCUCUGCCGCCUCCUCUUCUUCUUCUUCACCGAGGCAAACGCUGAUAGGAGGGAGCUAGCAGGUUGAUAGCUCGGCGGGCAAGAUGGUGCUCUCCAAGGCCGUCUCCGAGAGCGACAUGUCCGUCCACUCCACGUUCGCCUCCCGCUACGUCCGGUCGUCCCUCCCGAGGUACCGCAUGCCGGAGAACUCGAUCCCGAAGGAGGCGGCGUACCAGAUCAUCAACGACGAGCUGAUGCUGGACGGCAACCCGCGGCUGAACCUGGCGUCGUUCGUCACCACGUGGAUGGAGCCCGAGUGCGACAAGCUCAUCAUGGCCGCCAUCAACAAGAACUACGUCGACAUGGACGAGUACCCCGUCACCACCGAGCUCCAGAACCGGUGCGUGAACAUGAUCGCGCAUCUCUUCCACGCGCCGCUGGGCGAGAGCGAGACGGCGGUGGGCGUCGGCACGGUGGGGUCGUCGGAGGCCAUCAUGCUGGCCGGGCUGGCGUUCAAGCGGCGGUGGCAGAACAAGCGCAGGGCCGAGGGCAAGCCGUUCGACAAGCCCAACAUCAUCACCGGCGCCAACGUCCAGGUCUGCUGGGAGAAGUUCGCCCGGUACUUCGAAGUGGAGCUCAAGGAGGUGAAGCUCCGCGACGGCUACUACGUCAUGGACCCCGAGAAGGCCGUCGACAUGGUCGACGAGAACACCAUCUGCGUCGCCGCCAUCCUCGGCUCCACCCUCAACGGCGAGUUCGAGGACGUCAAGCUCCUCAACGACCUGCUCGACAAGAAGAACAAGGAGACCGGGUGGGAGACGCCGAUCCACGUGGACGCGGCGAGCGGCGGGUUCAUCGCGCCGUUCCUGUACCCGGAGCUGGAGUGGGACUUCCGGCUGGAGUGGGUGAAGAGCAUCAACGUGAGCGGCCACAAGUACGGGCUCGUCUACGCCGGCAUCGGCUGGUGCAUCUGGCGCAACAAGGAGGACCUGCCGGAGGAGCUCAUCUUCCACAUCAACUACCUCGGCGCCGACCAGCCAACCUUCACCCUCAACUUCUCCAAGGGCUCCAGCCAAGUCAUCGCUCAGUACUACCAGCUCAUCCGCCAUGGCUUCGAGGGGUACAGGAACAUCAUGGAGAACUGCCACGAGAACGCCAUGGUGCUCAAGGAAGGCCUCGUGAAGACGGGGCGGUUCAACAUCGUGUCCAAGGACGACGGCGUGCCCCUGGUGGCCUUCUCCCUCAAGGACCGGAGCCGGCACGACGAGUUUGAGAUCUCCGACAUGCUCCGCCGCUUCGGCUGGAUCGUGCCGGCGUACACCAUGCCGCCCGACGCGGAGCACGUCACCGUGCUCCGCGUCGUCAUCCGGGAGGAGUUCAGCCGCACCCUGGCCGAGCGCCUCGUCCUCGACAUCGAGAAGGUGAUGUACCAGCUCGACGCGCUCCCCUCCAAGCUCAUGCCCCCCGUGCCGCCGGCGCCGCUGCUGGUCGCCGCCAAGAAGACGGAGCUCGAGACGCAGAGGUCGGUGACGGAGGCGUGGAAGAAGUUUGUGCUCGCCAAGAAGACCAACGGCGUCUGCUAGUCGAUUACCGUCGGCGCGCCACUGCCUGGCAUUAAACCGCUCCUAAUUAAUAUGGUUAAUUGCAUUACACACCGUUGGUGCAUGGAUUGGCGAUCAUGGUGUGAGCUACCGAUGUACUGUAGUAGUAUUUUUUUUUCCCGUGCUAAUUUGAGUGGAGCCCUCAAUUCUAGGUCCAGGUGGUAGAGUUCAUAACCAAAAGCUUUGGUCUUGUUUUGUUUUACAUUUCGAUAAUUUGUGCAGCUGCGCUGCACUGAUUUCCUGAGAGUUGAAAAGUUUGAAACUGUACGAUUUUGUUGUUCCCUGUACUAGUGAGCUGCCAAUGUUAAUGAAAAUUAUUUCUUCACGAUCAGA